AUGCCCCUCACCUGGGCAGGUGGGCUCCCAGCGUGGAGCGAGAAGGAGGCGGCCCAGGGGAGCUGUGGGGCGAGGCAGGGAGAAGGUGCCAUGGAGGGUCUCUGUCUCUGCCUGACUGCGUGGGAGACGCUUGUGCUUGGGCAUCUGGCCUGUGACGGGGCCGAGAGCCCAGAGCAGCUGGCUCACUCCACCUGGGCCGCUGGGGAGCAGGACCGCAGCUCCCCACCAGUGCCAGCCCGGGAGGACUUGCCGCUGUCCGAUGCUUGGGGGUGGGCUGGGCUGUGA